AUGACAUCGUCCAAGGAAUGGCAGAAAAUGCUGAACGGCGAGCUCUACUGGCCUUGGGAUGACGACCUUCAAGCCAACCGCGAUCGAUGCCGAGAGGCAUGCAAACGCUUCAACGAGGCAGGGCCGGUGACCCGGCGCCGGAGGGUCGAACUAUGGCGGGACAUUGUCGGUGACACGCGCCCUCUGCCACCAAUUCACUCCGACCCGAAAGAAGAUGCGAAACUUUUUGACGCAACGGACCCUGCCGUGGAUCCUCCGAUCUCCGUGGACCACGGCCUGAACUUCAAGGUCGGCAAGGGCACCUUUUUGAAUUCCAACAUGUUGGUCCUGGAUACCUGCCUGAUUACCAUCGGGGAGAGGUCGUUGUUUGGCCCGAAUGUGUCUCUUUACGGUGCAACGCACCCUCUGGAUCCGGCGGUGCGCCAAGGUCUCGAGGGUCCGGAAGCAGGCAAGGAGAUUCAUAUUGGUGAUGACGUGUGGAUUGGCGGGAGUGUGAUUAUCCUCGCUGGCGUGACGAUCGGGCGAGGAUGUACUAUCGGCGCUGGAUCAGUUGUCACCAGGAGUGUUCCUCCAUUCCAUUUCGCUGCCGGGAACCCUGCGCGCGUUAUUCGGCGCAUCGAGACGACCAUGGACCCGGACCAAGCUGUCAAGAAUGAAGGAAAAUCGGGGUAA